CAGGAUAUGUUUUCAAACUCCCCUGCCUUUUCAAAGCCGGCAGGCACGAUAGUACCAGCGAAGGGGUGUUAACUCGGCACCGCUGCCGAACUUGAUCAGAAUGCUGACCAGUCUUAUAAGGUAAGCGCCCAUAAUUUUUCCGCUGCCAUGGAAAACUCCUGUGCUAAAUUUUUCACCGCUUGGAUUAGCAUACACCCUCAUACACCCAAUCGAUACAUCAUAUUGAUACUUGAUAUCGAUGCUGUAUCGAUGCAUAUUCUGGGUGUGAUAGGUCCAGAACACAACCCUUGACUGUUGGUAGUGGUAGAGUGCUGAAUGCAAGAUUGGACUCAUUCAAUCCUUCAAAUUAUAUAUAUAUAUACCCAGCCCACAAAGCUUCUACAGUUUUCUCGCGCUUCUCCCUUCCAUUUACGCUCAUAACACACGAUAGAGCUUAGGUGUUCAAAUAUCAAUCCUUGCCGCGUCGGAUUUGGCAAUGCGCUCUUUUGCACUUCUUUUGGCUGCAGCAGCAGUGGCAGGCUCCACCUCUGCAUCUGAAUUGUCCCGAAGGCAGUUUAAUCUGCCCACUUGUGCCCUUCCGUGUCUAACCGCCACCAGCUCUACUUCCUUCGGUAACUGUUCCUCCACCGACGAGGCUUGCCUUUGUUCCAACCCACAAUUCAUUUCCAACGCCACGACGUGUAUUGAGGGCGCUUGCACUGGCAACGAUUUGCAAACGGCAAUAUCCGCCGCGGAGGCUUUAUGUGCGCAAGCAGGCGUAACACUUGAUACAAGUUCCAUUAUCGCCUCCGUUUCUGCCACUGCGACCACACCCCUUGUGUCGGCUAGCUCGGGAUCUGCCAGUGCAAAUCCGACUGCAACUACUAGCGGUACAAGUUCUAGUACUAAUGGCGCCCUUUACAACGGCAUAUCUCCGGAAAUUCUCCUCAGUCUAGUGACAGGCGUGGCCGCAUGGAUUGCAUUCUGAUAUUUAUUCUUCGUAACACUCGCUUUGGCCCACCUUCUUCUGUGCUGUUCGCGUUUGCAUGUUUUUCUUUCCUGUUGAGACUCUCUUUUUGUUUCAUCCCCGGACUUGGAUUUGUACCCACCCAAUUUCAGCCUCGCUCUUCAAGUUGGUACAUAGUACACACCCUUUACUUACUGUGUUCGUUGUUCGAAAAAACUUUGACUCUGGUUAAACACAUCG